UUAGCAAAUAGCUAACUGUGGUCUUAUUUUACGUUAACUCCAAAACACUCUCAACGUUAGCUUUGUUUAGGUCAGACACGUCUUAGAGUGAGACUGUAAUAAAUGUGUCACCUGUGCUAAGUUGCAACAUCUCAAAACCAGGGUAAACAUAAGGCAGCCACGAGACACUUUUCUUUAUUUUAUUGUUUUAAUAUAAAAUACGUCUGCCUUUUCCAGCCAUGUUAGCUGAGGCUCGGGGUCCUGACCCCUUGGCUUCAGGAGCAUCAUGGAAGUCCCUCACCACUGGGAAGGAUAUGAAAGACCCAGGGAUUCACAAGAGGCAGCAGGAUGGAAAGUACCAGCGACAAGCAUCCAGCCAAAGAAGCUGCUUCUUAGGGCUGGAAUUGAAGCCAGAGCUGGUCUGGGAGGACUGGGACCUGCAAAGAGAGUUCACUAAGACAGUAGUGUUAAAAAAUAUUCACAACAAGCUGCAAAAGCUACACGUCAGGCCUCCAGUGUCUAAGUUUUUCAGCACCUUGGUUCCCCAGGUGAUUGUCAUCAGCCCUGGGACUUCUUACUCCAUUCCAGUCAGCUUUAGACCACUCCAGAGGUGUGAGUAUGAAGACACUAUUGAGUUUCAAGGUAAAGAUGGCAGCUUCCAAGUUCACCUCCGUGCCACCAUUCCCUGCCAUGCUCUGGAGGUGCCUGACUCUGUGCUGCUGCCACUCUGUGCUGUGGAGAACUCCUCCCAUACUACUUUUCUGCUCAAAAAUGUCAGUAAACUCCAGACAUGCUUCCAGUGGAAGUGCACAGCACCAUUCCAGCUAAGCCCUGAGCAAGGCCUGUUGAAGCCUGGCCAGGAGUGUGACAUAACUGUAGUCUUCCGACCACAAAAGGCGCUGGUGUACCAGCAACAGGUCAACUGCAGGUUCGGGGAAGAAGGGGACGAGGCACAGAGCUGCUGCUGCAGUGUUCUGCUGCAGGGACUAGCUAAGUACCCCUGUCUUCAGCUGAGAAAUCCAGAUACCAUGGAUGAAAGAGAAAAGCGUUGUCCAGUGCUACACUUCGACUCUGUGGCAGUCAGCCAAAGUUUGCAGAAACACUUUGACAUCUUCAACCCCUCCCCUGUAACUGCAUCUUUCUCUCUUUCGCGACUGUCCAGUGUGGUGCCUUUGUUGGGGUCAGAGUUCAGCUGUGAUGUGACUAGGGGCGAAGUGGUGCCCGGUGGUUCCCUUCGGGCUACAGUCACCUAUAGUCCUGCUGUGGUGGAUAGUGUCUCUGUUGAGUACAUAUCUCUAAAAUGUAGAGGGGCACUCAAUGAGACUCUGCUCAAACUCAGUGGAAACUGUGUAGGUCCCAAAGUUUCCUUGUCCUCCUCUGUGAUCGACUUUGGCUGUGUAGAGGAGGGAGGAACAGUCGUACAGACAGUGAAACUGGUUAAUUCCUCGCCUGUUGAGGCUUUCUACCAAUGGGAUCUUGACUGUGGUGGGCACAGUGUGUUCUCCAUCCAGCCAGCAAGUGGCACUGCAUGCCCAAAUAGCGAUACCACACUGAAGGCAGUCUUUAGGCCCACACAACCUAUUGCGCAUCACAGAAGAGUGGCAUGUUUCAUACUACACAAGGACCCCGUGUUCCUUGACCUGAUUGGUACCUGUCACUCGGAGAUCCAGCAACCAGCCAUACUGAAACCUGAGCACUUGGUUCUUUACAAGCUCUACUGGUACCACAGUCAGGACUCACCAGACACUAGCAAUACCAUGCAGGAAGAUCAUAACAUACACUUUGACCAGCAGGGAGUGCUCUGCCCCCUGGAGGAGCAGCCACAUCAGAGACCAGACAGUGCUUGUGUUGUAUCCAGAGAUCCCCUGGGGGAAUAUUACCAAUCCUGCUUGGGGGUCAUGGAUCCGCUCUCUUCCAGUUCUUUGUCAUCCCCACAUGUAUCUGUGGUGCCCAGUGAGCUACUGUUCAAUCACAAAACAUCCUCCUAUUUGUCUACCACAUCCGUUUCCUCUCAACCUGUCUCCAUCACUAACCACACCAGGGGAAAACUCAGCCUGGUGUGGACUGCUGCCCAAGACUCUCCAUUCUCUGUCUCUCCCUCAUCAUGUGACCUAGCUCCACUGAAGUCCACCUCAUUCAGAGUGACCUAUGACCCCAAGCAGCUCAAUACUCUGCACGGAGCGCAACUUGAGUGCUUUGCAUACUACAAGGACAAUUCUCACAGAGAGGAGCGACUGCUGUGUCCACCCUGGUGUGUGAUUGUCAGAGUCAUCGGCCACUCCUUUCAGCCUGGCAAAGAGCAUUUCAUCCCAUGCUGCUCCCUGAAGCCCCCUCGAGUGGUGUUUCCAGCCCUUAGUGUGCUUUCUCGUCGGACAGUUCUCCUCCACAAUCACGGGGACCUGCCUCUCACUUUCUGUCUGGAUCACAGCUCAAACCCUGCUUUGGCAGAAUCCUUGUCUGUGGUGCCAAGCUGCGGUUUGAUCCAGCCGGGGAAUCACCAAAUCCUCACCCUCAGAACAACUCCCACAGAAGACAGUCCCAAACAAGGGUUCACUUUACACCUUCAGCUCAACGCAGCUAAACACACAAAGGAACUGACAGUUGUCAGUGUGGUGGAAAAGCUGUGUGUGUCUCUGGAAGGAGAUGGCAGUUUAUAUUUCCAGCCAACAGCGGUGGGUUCACUUACGCAGCGCUCUCACCACAUCAGGAACCUCAGCUGUCUACCUCUGCGAUUCCAAUGGAGCAUUCCAGAGCCAGACCAGGAGCUUAUCUCUGUUGAACCAGAUGCUGGUGAACUACAUCCCAAUGAGAGCUCAGUCCAGAUAUGGUCCUUUAGCCCACUGGCAGAAAAAAUAUACACACUUAAACCCACUCUCACCUUCUGGCCGGUCCAGACUCCAGGAUGUAACAAGUCACAGCUUACCCUUAAAGUGGUGGGGAUGGGUUCUAAAGGCUUUAUAGAGGCAGAGACAGCAGUUCUGGAUGUUGGGGAGACUCUGGUUGGAAGCUGUCAGUCGAUUCAAAUUCCUCUUGUAAACAACAGCCCCUGUUCUGUUUCCUUUGGUAUCUCUGUACGGCAGAUACUUCUGGAUAGGGAGCUUACUUACGACCCCGAGACUGAGCCAAAUGCCCUACAGCUGGACUGUAAGAGGGGAACCAUUGCCUCGCACUCCACAAUGCUGCUCCGAGCCACUGUCAGACCACACAGACGAGCCCAGUACCUGUGGACCAUCAGCUAUCAGAUGCUGAAUACCAGCGGGUUUGUAUCCUCUCCUCCCCAGGCAGUGUGUGAAGUGCGAGCUCAGGGCGUGUUUCCCACCCUCCAGGUUAUCGAUGUGUGCAGUGGUGGCAAUGUGGGCAGACUCAGCAAAGUGCACCUGUGGAAACUCUUCUCACUGGACAGCCUCAAUGAGCACAUGCUGUCCAGCCCCUCCCCUGUAGAACUCACCUACAGAACGCCUACCAGGCACAGUGUGAGCAGUUGUCCUUCCGUUUUCACCAAAGCCAUGUUGGACUUCAACUUCAGUGCUGCUCCCCUGAAUUCAGAGCCCUCAACUUUUGUGUUUAUGUUUCACAACCCUGGAUCCAUCCCUGUAGACUGGGCAUUCUUGUUUCCAGAGGACCAACAAAUAGAGUUGGAGUACUGGGCUGAGACCGGAGAGUUUAGCAGCACCGAACUGCACCAGAUGAAGGUUCAAGACAACCAUCUGUUCAGCGUUACUCCCCGUUCUGGAACUUUGCUCCCUGGCCAGCAGAUGGCAGUACGCUUCACCUACAGCCAUGACUUCGCUGGAACAGAUCGGCUUCCUGUUGUGUUCAAACUUUCUUAUGGCAGAGAGAUCUGGCUGAACUUUCAGGGGGUAACGGUGGAGAGAGACAGGCCGUAUCUCCACUUUGCCUCCAAGCGACAUGUCUUCACUUCGGUUACCAUUAGGGACUAUACUCCUCCAAGGCAGAUGUAUGAGUUACACAAUGGUGGUGCAGUGCCAGUCCAUUAUGAGGUGGACACAGCUGUGCUGUCACAGCUACAGGCGCACAACUUUAACCAUCCAGUGCUGUGCUGCCUCAAUCCAGAGGGAGAGGUCCUACCUGGGAUGACGGCCAUGUUGGAAUGGAUCUUCUCUCCAUUGGAAGCUAAGAAGUACCAAAUGGAGAUUCCUAUCCAUGUCCAAGAUGGGGACUCCACGCUGGUGAGGUUUGAGGGAUGUGGGUUUAAUUCUCCUACACGGGGCUCCAAAAACCCAUUUACAUGUGAUACUGAGGCAACUGCACCCUUUGUCCAGAGGCUGCUGUUUCCAGGACAGGUAGUAUCCCUGUCUGAGGACAGUGUCUCUCUUGGCGACAUCCCUGUGUGCUCACAAUCUUCACGAAUCCUCUUCCUGACCAAUGUGUCCCACACAGACACUAUCCACUAUACAUGGGACCUGCUGCAGCAGAGCAAUCAGCAGGUGGUGCAGAUCCAACCAGAGCGAGGUCAUCUGUGUCCAGGGGAGAGUGCCCUUUGUGUCCUUACCUUCACCUCUACUGACUACCCCACUGUUUAUCAGCUAGAUGUUGUCUGUCAGGUUAUCCAGGAAGCUGCACUAGCUCUGUAUCGUGAUGCAUUGCAGCGUUGGGAGGAAGAGAAACAGAGACAGCGAGAUGAAUUCACAAUCACGGACAAAAAUCUUACAGAAAGCCCAUGAGUUCUGAUAGAUAAGGAACCUGUAGCAGCUCCAGUAAGAAAAGGGCCUCCAUUCAGGAAAUACAAGACUCUUCCUCCUAUCAGUGGUAGUUGUGAGACAGUGGGCAUGAUAUGUAUCAAGCUAACAAAAGCGGAGCGGCGGGCACAGCGGGAAACAGCAAAAACAUGGAGACAUCCUGAGCCCCCUCAGCCUGCUCUGCUGCAUCUGGGAGUUACAGCACACUCCCACAGGCUUCUAGAGUACCUUACACACUUCCCUGAUCAACACUAUCGGUGCCUCCAGUCAGGCAGGUCCCAGCAACUGGAAACCACUUCAUCAAGCACAUCCCUCCCUGCUGGGCUGCCUUCAACGAUACAAGGCCCUGAUAGAGACAUCACAAUGCACGUACUCACCUCUCUGCUCAGGUCCAUACUAGAUGAUCCAGCCUUUACCCAGUCUCUAUUUACUCUUCCAUUUAAGCCUAUCACCUACCAGCUUCAAGAAACUAGUCCCCAUCCAUGCUCCUCAUCUCCAUUUCCUCACCCUACACCCCAUCCUGAGGGUCUGUUGAGUGGGAUGCUGGCUGGGCAAGCAGAACAGCACAACCCAGUGGACAGUGAGGGAAUUACGAGAUGUUCGAGAAAAGGGCCCCCAAAACAAAACACGCCACACGCUGAACACAUGCCUGCUGACAUAAGUGAGGAUUUUCUGCUGAACACCCUCCAGAACCUGAUGAUGGAAGCUGUCAGAGGAGAGCCUGUCCUCACAGCACACCCCUGCACUAUUAUGUUGCCACCUGUUUCCACAAGAACCAGGAGGAUGUUCGGAGCCACGGCUGAGGAGGAGGGAGAACGUUCGAGAAACAGAAGGGAACCAGCAGGGAUGAAAGUCUCACCAUCUACUCAACGCCCCAGAGGUCCAACUCACUCUGCUGUAUCCAUUUAAAUCCAACAUAUUGUCCAUCAGCUUUUGUCUUUUCCUCAUUCAUUUUGCCCUGACACAUAAACUUUAGCUUUCCUGUAUCCCAUACAGAGCUAUCCAUUUUCUGUCCGUCCCAACUGCUUUUCUCAUGCCUCUUUGUCCUAGUCUUUGCAGCCUCAUUUGUCAUAAACUCCCCCACUAACAUUUGUAUGUGUAUGUUUCAGUUGUAUGAAGAUGUUACCAAAUGUUUUGGACAAUAAUAACAGAGAUUUUGAGUUAUUGGAAUCCUUUGGUUUUACACUUUAUCCAAAAACUUGAAUGGUAUGUCAGUGAGAGACAUGGAAACUUCACACUGUGGCGGUGAUUUAAAACGUAACACAGGUUACUUGGCCAAGAUGUAGUGUGUCCUACAUUUUGCUUCUUAUCGCAUUUGUGUGACAUUUUGCAAGACUAAAAGAUGACAUCUGAAUGCAGUAUCACACCGCAUGUAAAACUGACAAGAUUAGAGAGACAAGAAUCUUGUAUGCUUGAAAAAACAGAGGGUCAGCAGUAUUUAAAAGCUGUCUUUGUCUGACUUCAUUUUCCCGUCAUAUUGCACAGACACAUUUACAGAACAUUUGGAUUUCACUCAGUCAUUCAGUCAUUUCUCAUUUUGUAACCAUAUGCCUCAAGUCCAUUUUUUUUCAAUGUGUUGCUGUAUGUCUG